GGCAGAGGGGCGGGGAGCGCCGGGCCCCGAGCUCCGCAGGUCAGCUUGGACGUUCCAAAUACCUCCCUUUACCUGAUGCUGCUGAUAAAAUCAGGAUGGCUUUAAACUCAGGGUCACCACCAGGUGUCGGGCCUUACUAUGAGAACCAUGGAUUCCAACCCGAAAGCCUCUACCCUCCGCCGCCGCCCAUGGCGCACCGUGCCUACGCGGGGUACCCGGCUCAGUACUACCCGCCCGCAGUGCCCCAGUACGCCCCGAGGGUUCAGACGCACACCUCGACACCCAUCAUCCUCAUGCAGCCCAAACCCCCGUCGGGGCCAGCAUGCACCUCAAGGACUAAGAAAGUCCUGUGUGUCACCUUCUCCCUGGGAGCCCUCCUGGCUGGAGCAGUCCUGGCUGCCAUGCUGCUGUGGAAGCUCAUGGAGGACGAGUGCUUGGGGAUGGAAUGCAGCUCCUCGGGGACCUGCGUCAGCCCCUCUCACUGGUGCGAUGGUAUCCUGCACUGCCCCAGCGGCGAGGACGAGAGCCGGUGCGUUCGUCUCUACGGACCCAACUUCAUCCUUCAGGUGUACUCAACUCAGAGGAAGUCCUGGCACCCCGUGUGCCAGGAUGACUGGAGUGACAACUACGGGAGAGCGGCGUGCCAGGACAUGGGCUACCCGAAUAGUUUUUUUUCUAGCCAAGGAAUAGUGGAUGACAGCGGGGCCACAAGCUUCAUGAAGCUGAAUGUCAGUGCCAACAAUAUCGAUCUCUAUAAAAAACUCUACCACAGUGAUGUCUGUUCUUCAAAAACAGUGGUUUCUUUACGCUGUAUAGAGUGCGGGGUCUCGGGGAAGACGAGCCGCCAGAGCCGGAUCGUGGGCGGGUCGAGCGCUGCCCCGGGGGACUGGCCCUGGCAAGUCAGCCUGCACGUGCAGGGCACCCAUGUCUGCGGAGGCUCCAUCAUCACCCCCGAGUGGAUCGUGACCGCCGCCCACUGCGUGGAGGAACCUCUUAACAAUCCCAAGAUUUGGACGGCCUUUGCAGGAAUUUUGAGACAAUCUUUCAUGUUCUAUGGAAACGGAUACCGAGUAGCAAAAGUGAUUUCCCACCCGAAUUACGAUUCCAAGACCAAGAACAACGACAUCGCUCUUAUGAAGCUGCAGACGCCUCUGACUAUUAACGACAGGGUGAAACCAGUGUGUCUGCCCAACCCAGGCAUGAUGCUGGAACCGGCACAGUCCUGCUGGAUUUCCGGGUGGGGGUCCACCUACGAGAAAGGGAAAACCUCGGAUAGGCUGAACGCGGCGAUGGUGCAGCUCAUCGAGCCCUGGCGGUGCGACAGCAAGCAGGUGUACAGUGACCUCAUCACGCCGGCCAUGAUCUGCGCGGGGUACCUGCAGGGAACUGUCGACUCCUGCCAGGGUGACAGCGGAGGCCCUCUGGUCACUCUGAAGAGCAGCGUCUGGUGGCUGAUCGGGGACACGAGCUGGGGGUCUGGCUGUGCUAAGGCUUACCGACCGGGAGUGUACGGAAACGUGACCGUGUUUACAGACUGGAUUUAUCGACAAAUGAGGGUAACUUUCCCGUCCUCCUCAUUGGGUUCUCUGGCUUCGCUGUGUCAAAGCCUAGGAGGUGUGGUCCCCGUGCCAGGUGGCAUCCCCUCCCCCACUGUCCAAGGCCCACCACUGGUGUUUGGAUGAA